GCUGAGAUGAGUUUGCGAGCGCGAGUCGCGUUGACAGGUCUACUCUUUUUGUUACCACGUGGACAAAGACAAACCAGUGCACGCUCGCCUCGCUCGCGCGACUCACACACGAUCGUUCAUCUCCUUAUAUAGCGAAUUGGAGCACCGUCUGAGAGAAAUCUCGUUAUCAUGAGCAGGAUUACCCAGGAAGCCUACGACGAGGAGAUCAGGGAGCUGAUGGAGGGCCUCGGUAUGACCGAGGAGGAGGCGGUCGAGGACGCUAUCAAGUGCUUCGAGAUGAAGGGGAUAGAUUUGAGCAACAUUAUCACAGAUUUAGUUCUUGAGGACAAAUACAAACAAAUAGUGAUAUGUCUGGAGAAAUUAAAGCGCGCUGUAAACGACAAAAGUUAUGAAUGUGUGCCCGAGACAUUGCAAGAAUUGCGAACUGAAUUGGAUAAGGACAUUCGAUACAGAGUUUUUGCGGGUAAACGCAAAUGUUACAAUGUCCUGCUCGAUCUCUUGAAGGAUUGCAAGAAAAAUCACGUGAUAUUUAAAUCCGCGCUGGAAACGAUUACCUCAUUAAUGUCCGGUUAUCCAGAUUUAUUGGACGACGACGGGAUUGCAUUGCAGACAGAGAUUUUAGAGAGGCAUCAUGAUACUGCGACAUUGCAGUGUCUGUUGCAUUGGAUACGAGAAUGCUGCAUAAAGCAUGAGCUAAACAGACAAAAGAUCUUUGACACUAAUAUCUUUGAAAAACUCAAAAAAAUAUUGGUGCGCGAGGACGUAAGUGCGUACGAGAUCAAGGAUGCAUGUUCAGUGAUUCGAGCAUUGGUCCUGGAUGAUGAUAUCAGGCAUGAAUAUGGAAAGGCUCAUGAGCACGCAACUGUCAUGGCAAAGGGCGCUCUCGAUGUCCUUACAGAACUGUUGACAAGAUUUAAGAAAGACGCGAAGGUCGUAGGUGAUUUAAUGAUCACCUUGGCUGCAUUAAUCGUUCGAAAUGAAUUCUGCCAAGAAGUAGAGGAUGCUGGGGGUUUGAAAUUUAUUCUGGAUAUAAUGACUGAUCAUCCAGACUCUGAAAAAUUAAAUUGGCAGGCUUUAAAGUUACUCAAGGCGCUUGCUGGCAAUGACAAUGUGAAAUCUCAUAUUGUGACUUCCGGAUGCGCACCUUUAAUCGUAUCCGUUAUCAGUAGAAUGAAGAGAUCGGAAAAUGUUGUGACUGCCGGAUUAGGUUGCAUAUCCGCAUUAUCUUUACGAAGCACUUCAAACUCUGGUGUAUUUUACGAUUGCGGCGCAGCCCAAGUGAUCGUAGAUGCUAUGAAGGCUUAUCCUAACAAUGUAAAUGUCCUGAAACAAGCCUCGUGGGCAAUUAGAAAUAUGUCAGUGCGAAACAGAUCCGAGUCCAAGGAGUUUUUAGCAUAUGGCGUUGAAGAAGUGUUACGGGAUGCGUUACGUUUGCACGGUCCCAAGUUGGAGGACAACAUAAAAGCAGCAUUGAGAGAUCUAGGACUGAAGGUAGAUCUAAAAGAAAGAUGGACAGGAAAAGGUAUCGGCGUGAGUAACUAGCGUUAUUAAUAAUUGUUGUCAACAAUAUUAUUGAUAAAAGUAUAGUAUUAAAAUUAUAUUUACUAUACAUUGAUAAUAUGAAUUUUGUACUUCGCUUUAUCACCUCGCAAUGCUAUAUUUGAUAAUAGUCUUGAUUAACAUAAUUAAUAAGAUUUUUGUGCUCAAAAAAUAUGAAUUUUGUAAAAUAGCCGCGAUUCUUCAAUUUCAUAAAACGUCAACAUUUUAAUUUAU